AUGAUACAAGGUGUGUGGAGUGCUGUUAAAUGGGAAAAUAUACAUUGUGCGGCGGACACCGAGCAAGCGAUGCCGGAGGGCAUAGUACGUGAUAUCGCCCGCUUUCCUUGGUUCGGAGUGGUGCAGCACACGUUUUAUCUAGGGGGUAAAACAAGAUUCGCAGUGACGAGCGGGGUACUCAUUCACCCAACAUUUGCUAUAGCGCCCGCUGAGGACAUCUCUAGGAUACAGAUGGAAGCUUUACAAAACAAUACGAAAUUCAUCGUGUGGCAGAGCAAAACUAUGAAAUAUUCAUUAGACAUAGAAACUUAUUACUUAGCACCGGAAUAUACUGAGGGUAUAACAUUGGCCAGUUUAGCAUUGUUACAGAUUCUUACCUAUGGACCAGGAGGAUCUCGAGAAAAAGGAGAAAUUGACAAAGAGAUUGUGCACAUGGAUUUCGUAGAAAAUCAAGAUUGUGAAGAGUUCUACUUUAAACAUAACUUAAACUACAAGAAGAUGUCACCGACGCGAGCUCUGUGCGCGCGCGCGCGCUCCGCGGCCGCGCCCUGCGUGUGGGAGGGCGGCGCCGCGCUCGUGGCGCGCCAGGCUUGGGGGUACUGGAAGCUGAUAGGCUUCAGCGCACGCGGGCCCGGCUGCGGCGCGCCGGCGCGCUUCGUCAGCGUGCACGACCACCUGCUCUGGAUAGACGAGGUCAUCUCGGAGGAGCCCAAUAAGCUCAGGGAAGAAGAUCAGGCGUAUAUCUUCAGAAGGGUUUCACCUAUUAAACUUAUUCUGUACAAGGCUAAGAUCCGCCAGCCGCGCGACUUCGGGCAGUGCGACCGCAAGACGCGCGGCGGCGUGCUGUACAAGGACAACUCCGAGCUCAUCACCAACAAGAACUUCGCGCAGGGGUUCUUCUUUCUGUCGAUGGCGCAAGUGGCGCAGGUGAACUGCGUGUCGGUGGUGCUGGACGUGAACUCGCGCACGAACGCGGCGGUGUGGCUCGAGCACCACUGCCACCGCGACGUCGGCGGCGGGCGCGCCGGCCUCGCCUGGCGGGACUACUCACAACACGCGUGUUUCGUAUACUUCAAAAGCGUAGCAUACAUCGAGUUUCGGUUCUACUUCUCAUUCAAAGCCACGCUAGAAGUGACUUUGUUCGGUCACGAGGAGACGCCCAGGAACAUCCCGAACCCCUUCUCCUCGGAGAGCACGUACAGCUGGUGGCCCACCUACGACAAGCUCAAGUCCGGCUGGUUCAUGCCCCACUACGUCUGGUGGUGGUAUAUG